AUGGCUGAUUAAUAUAAUUUAUCAGCACAGGAGUCAUAAAAAUAAUUAAAUGGAGAUGAUAUAGCUUCAACUUAAUCAUAAGUUGUAAAUGAUUCUCAUUAAAAAUAGGUUGAAUCUCCUGUAAAAUCACCCAAAUUAGAGGCAUAAUAAAUAGAAUAAUCUAAAACACCAAAAAGUGACAGUCAUAGCAAGAAAAGGCCACCAAGCGGCUAAAAGAGAAUAUCAAUACAUAAAAAAAUCGAUGACAGUAGUUCAAAAAUAUAGCAAUCUCCUUAGUAAAACACAGCGAUGCAAUAGGAAUUGGAAAAUGGAAGUUAGCUCAAUAGCAUAAGCUCGAGCAAUUAGAUUGCAGGAAGCCCAAAUACAAGUAAAUCUCCUUUAAAAAAGAGGAGUGAAUCAAUUUAACGUUAAAGAAAUGGGAGUGAAAUUAAAAACGAAAGCAUGAAAGACUCUCAAAUUUCUAAAAAAGACUCUUCUUAAAUUAGGCACAUAUAAGAUAAUUUGGAAAUGAUUAAUAAUUUGAAUGAAAAGUUAAGAAAACUAGGAGAAAUGGAUGGAGACUAAACUAAUCCUCAAAGUUCUUAUUAAGAUUACCUUCAAAUGCGUAUUAAUAAAGCAGAAAAAAUAAGAUAAGAUCUUACUUAACCAAUGGAUCCUUAAUAGCUAUUAGAAUAUUUUUAAAAUCACAAGGUACAUUCUACUGAAAUAUUAAAUAUGGAGGAGCUAAAUAAGAGUUAAUAUCUCAGAUUAAAGCGCUAUAAAUAAUGUAUUUAUUAUGGUGAAGUAUAAAAUAGUUCUAGAACAGGCAAAGGGUUGAUGAUGUAUUUUUCUGGAAGACUUUAUGAAGGGGAUUGGUAGAAUGAUGCUAAAUUUGGAAGAGGAUUUGAGCUUUAUCCUAAUGGAAAUGCAUAUGAAGGUUAUUUUGUAAAUGGAAAGCCUGAAGGCUUUGGCACUUAUAUUUGGUAUAAUGGAGAAAUUUAUGAUGGAGAGUGGGUGAAUGGUAUGAAGCAUGGCAGUGGCUAAUGGAUGGGAGUCAGAGGUGAUAGUUAUACAGGAGAAUGGAAAUUCGGUAAGGCAGAUGGAAAAGGUGUGCACAAGUGGAUAAAUGGCGAUGUUUAUGAAGGAGAUUUCAAAUGCUGUCUUAAGCAUGGUAAGGGCUAGGAAAGAUUCUCAAAUGGAGAUAUUUAUAUUGGGUAAUAUGCUAAUGGUCGUCCAGAAGGAUAUGGUGAGUAUUUUUGGAAAGAUGGAGCUCACUACAAAGGCUAUUUCAAAAAUGGACUCAGACAUGGAUAGGGUAUUUGGAGAAAAAAGAAAGACGCCAAAAUAACUGACACAUACGAAGGUGAGUAUAUAAACGAUAAAAGAUGUGGUUAUGGUGUGUUUACAUGGGCAUCAGGAAAUAUUUACAAAGGUGAGUAUUUUGAAGAUUUAAGACAUGGAUAUGGAGAAAUGUAUUGGACAGACACUUCAUAUUAUAAAGGCGAAUGGGAGAGAGGUAUUCAAUGUGGUGAAGGUGAACUCUAUAUUCCUGGCGAAGGUAUUAAAAAGGGAACUUUUGUAAAUAAUAUAUUUAAAUAAAAUGGCCCUGGAUCAAAUGGAUAAAGUUAGUACAGAUCUUUCAAAAGUAUUUCAGAAGAAAAUUCUACACCUAGAGGAAUUUACCAAGGUUCUAUGACUAAGAGAUAAUUUAAUCCUCAUACACCUGUUCUCACUGAAGAAAGCAAAACUGUUCCUACAUCAAACCCUCAUGGUAGUGGGUCUAAUAUUGGCUACCAUUCAUAACAGACACCUCCAUCUGUUUCAGAUUUUUCAACGAAGCUACCCCAUAUAAAGAGUCAUAAUAACUCAUUUGAUAUCUAAAGCAUGAGAAGUUAUCCUGGAAAAAAAGAUUAAGGACAUUAAGCAGAUUUGAAUUAUUAAACUGCAUAUGAUUUAGGCUAUGAUGAAACUGAUUAGUAACAAAGCAGUAAUGGAUUAAGCUCACAAAAAAGAAGCAUUAGUGUACAGUAAAAGAGAGAUACUGAAUCUAGAUCUACUUAAACUCACCCAAAUAGUUAAAAUACAAUAUCGUCAGAAAGAGUUCGACUAAGAAGAGGAAAAAGUGGAAGUAACGCUACUUUGCUUCCACCUUUAAAUGAGUCAGUCUCACCAAAUAUAAAAAGAUCAAAUAAGAAAAAUAGAGAAAUUCUUUUGAAAAAACACGAACUAAUAUUAUGGAAAGGAAUGCGUCCUAAAUUAAAUCUUAAACCAAGAGAAUUGAGGGAUUAUUCUGAUCAAAAAACAGUUGAAAUAAUAAGAAGUUACUUGCAUCCACCAGUUUGGAAACCAUCUGGUGUUGCACAUUGCUUAGAUUCAUCCUCUCCUAACAGAUCACCUUCUCCAAAUGGAUCAGUACAUUAAUAGUCCAUCCAAAAAAGAUAUUCUCGUAUCCUUUGA